AUGCCGAUCGAGGGUCAUGCACUCACCGGUCGAGUGGAGAGGACCAACUGGCAGCAGAGGGUUACCACCCUCAUCGGCGACUGCCCCACUGCCAAGAGUAACCGUACAUCCGGCGUGCCGUUGAUCUGGCUCUCGGAGCACCGGAAGACAUGCUCCCAAGGCGCAGAUGAGGCGACUGUGGAGUUGUACAUGAGGGCCUAUCUGUGGUAUAUUCUCUCGGAGGUCGUGUUUCCAGACAGCUCCGGGAACUCUGCCAACUGGGCGUAUUUGUUCUUCCUAGAGGACUGGGAUGCAGGGUAUAGUUGGGGGACCGCAUCUCUCGCCUACCUAUACCGUUCGCUUGACGACGCAACGCAGAGGACGAGAGACAAGUCCAAUAUGGGUGGCUUUGUCUGGGCCUUCUCCAUUUGGAUGUGGGAGCGGCUGCCGGUAAACUGGUGGCCGUAUCGACAAGACCGACAGUGGGACUUUGAUCUGAACGUGAUGUGCGAUGCGGACCAUGGUCUCUGGCGGUGCAUCGUGCCCAUGAUCUGUGUGUACGCCAUCGAGUGGCACUUGCCACACCACGUGGCCACGCAGUUUGGGAUUUAUCAGCAUACCCCACCGGGCCAGCCCACCGAUAGCGGCGGCCACGCGCUCCACCUGAUGAGCCGGCAGAAGAAUCAGUCGAUCACAGACUGGGGAAAGGAGCAUAAGACUCAUGUGACGGAGUGGGACCGAUGGAGGUACCGUAAAGACGUGGAGAGGAAAGUGACUGAUUGGGAUGCUUACCUGGGCCGACACAUGAGGUGGUACGAUGAUGGCCAAAAGCACCGUCUUCGUCUCAGGCCUCGGUGGACGGCGGAAGACAUCGCGGAGCUGGAGAGGGAUGACCCCGAGGAAGAGGCCUACCAGACCGGCAUCAGAGACAUGCACAGUGGAUUUAGGGAGUUUGCACCCCUCAUCAACAGAGUGUCUGGUGAGCUGAACAGAUGCAUCUUUGAAGCCUCAGAUGCACUAGCUGAUCUCCCUGGGAGCGUACAAUCUGAGAACAAAGUGAGGGGGACGAUGAAGAAGUUCGUGAAGCGUUGUCGCAAGCUGGUAGGGCUGCUUGGGUGUGCUGGAGCUGGGUCAGUUGAAGCUUAUCAUCCUGUAGCCACACAGGGUCUCAUCGGCUCAUCGAGCCAUGCUCCCUCGUCGUCUAGGCUGCAGCUGCGGCUGGACGACGGCGUGUUGUCAUCGUCAGUGUUGCGCUGCCUCAGUUUGGCGUUGUAG